GCGGGGAAUACGGAGUCGCAAACAUGGUGGUCACUAGGUCUGGGUCCAGGAUCCAAGAAAGUUCCCAACGGAAGAGGUCUGUUCCUCGGAGAAUUGGAACACAUCCAGAAAGCAAAAAAGAAUCGGGAUCGAAAGGCAGCACUGCUGGAUCGCAGUCUGCUGAGGAGCAGAACUCAGCCCUCUCUGGCAGCAGGAACAGCAGAACCGCAGGCCCAGCGGAGAUCACUGUACUGAUUUCUGAUGGAGAGGCCUCUGAAACGGAGUCUCAUGCUUCUGGGGUUUCUUCUGUGUUAGAGGUCCAAGAGCCCAUUAUAAGAGUAACUAGGAAACGUCAGGUUGUAAUUGUGCCCACCCCGAAGUCCAGUGUUAGGAAAAGGCAGAAAGUAAUCCCUCAACUCCCUCAACAUGAAUCUGGGGAUGAAGGAGCUGUUUCUGAAGCAGAGUCUCAUGUUUCAGGGGUUUCUAUGGUUGUACCUUCCACAGAAAGAAGAACCAGAAAUAAGGCUAAAUCUCAAAGAGAUUCAAGCCAAGAAUCAUAUUCGGAAACUAUAUCUGAUGCUGAGUGGUCCUGCUCAGGCAUUUCAUCAUUGGAGAGUGCACCGAGGAGAACAGGCAGGAAUGUGCAGAAGAAAUUAGAGUUCCAAGCUGAGAAAAAAGAUACUGAGAUUACACCAGGAAAUAAAAAGCCAAUCGUGGGUCCGUCUGUGGAUUCAGAGGACUCAGAAGCUAAACAGCCCUCUCAGUUGUCAUCGGCAAGACUGCAGUCUCAGAUAAAUAUGCCGACUAUUUCUGAUAGUGAAACGUAUAAUAAUGACUUUGACGAUUCCAUUCACAGAAAUUCAGGGGAAAAACUGACAACCCAAAACCAAAAUUUGCAUAUCCAAGAGGAAAAACAAGCCGAUGUUGUAUCUCUUACAGAAGUCAUAAAGAAUUGUAAGAAUCUGGAUGAGGAGGACCCCAAAGUAAUAGAGGAAAAAGUAGUUAAUGAGGAAGAUUCCCAGCUGAGUCUUUCCAAAGCUCAAGACUCCAGCCCUCAGCAGUCAGUGUCUCUGAAGCAUUCAAGCAUCCCACGUAAAGCCACAUCCCAGGCUUCAAGUCCAGAGCAGGAGGCUGUAAUGAAAUCACUAGAGCACAAGUUUGCAGUUGUGAAAAUAGAAAGAUGUAAUAAAGAGAGAGGGGGCAACGUAGAAAAGAGUGACUUGGCACAGUUCAGUGAUUGUGGUAAUAGCAAUGAUGAGCCUGCAAGUGUAGGUGUCAGUGAGGACAAGAGCAGCCAAAGGGAUGUCGCUCUUGAAUGUGAUGCCAUGCCAUGCAAGUCUGAACUCAGCAUGUCUCGGCAUACAGAUAGUCCUAUUCUAUUAUUUCUUAGCAGUGAUGAAAGCCAACAGUCUGACAGCAGUGAGAAUGAAAGGGACACUUUGUGUCCUGUUGAAAACAGUGGCCAAAAGGAGGCAUCAGCUGAGGACUUGGAAGAUCCUGCCUGUGGUAGUGCACUGUUUGUAAUCGACAGAACUCCUGGAUUGAGUGCUGAUAAAAACUUUUACCUGGAAGAUAAGACUCCAAGUGAGGCUGCUAUUGAGGAAGAAAAGGAAGAAGAAGAUGAGGAGGGAGAGGAGGAAAAUAGUGAAGACUCAUCAGACGGUGAUGAGAAGAAGGAUGAAUCUAGUGAUGAGGAAGACUUCCUCAGUAGCACCAAGUCUAAGCUUUUGAAAUUGACAAGUAGCAGCAUAGACCCUGGACUAAACAUCAAGGAGUUGGGUGGCUUGUAUAUUAAUUUUAAUGCAGACAAGCUGCAGCCCCACAAGAAAACACUAAGCCAGAUCAAAGAGAAAAAGAAAAACGAGCUUCUGCAGAAAGCUGUCAUCACACCUGAUUUUGAAAAAAACUAUUGUGUCCCACCAUAUAGUGAGUCAAAGCAUCAGCUUCAGAAACAGCGCAGGAAAGAGAGACAAAAAACAGCUGGUAAUGGUUGGUUUGGCAUGAAAGCUCCGGAACUGACAGACGAACUGAAAAAUGACCUCAAAGCCUUAAAGAUGAGAGCAAGCAUGGACCCAAAGAGGUUUUAUAAGAAAAAUGACAGAGAUGGCUUCCCUAAGUACUUCCAGGUUGGAACCAUUGUUGAUAAUCCAGCCGACUUCUACCAUUCACGGAUUCCCAAGAAACAGAGGAAAAAGACCAUUGUGGAAGAACUGCUGGCUGAUUCAGAGUUCAGGAGAUUUAAUCGAAGGAAGUAUUCGGAAAUCAUGGCUGAAAAAGCAGCAAAUGCAGAAGGAAAGAAGUUCCGAAAAAAGAAGAAAUUUCGCAAUUAAAAUUUACAUAGCAUACCAUAAUAUUUUAUAGGUCUUGAUUUGCUGAAGAUUAUCAUAUAAUUUAUAUAAUAUGUGUAAAUAGUGAUUUCUAUUUGGAAAUAAAAAUUACUGACAGAAUCAAUUAUGUGACCCUUGGAAUAAAAGUAGGUGUAUGUUUCAGAUGAUAUGUCUGGUUUUAGACUGUUAAAAGGAAAAUGAAUAUCAGCUAUUUUAAUGUUUGUCCAAUUAAAACAAAAUCAGUUCUGUUUAAGGAACUUUUGAGGGCUGCUGAGAUGGCUCUGCAGUUAACACUGCUCUUCCAGAACUCCUCAGUUCAGUUCCCUGCAACCACAGUGUGGCUCAUGACCAUUUGUAGAGGUAUCAGGCCACUCUGGCCUGUCUAUACAUGCAGACAGAGCACUCCUACAUUCAAAUACCAAGUGCAGAAAGAACGUUUGAAGUAACUCAGUUAUAAAAGUGCCAGGAUGCAGACACGGCUCAUACACACAUACAUGCCUGGUUCUUCCCGUGUACAAGCUACGCUGUGUGAGUAAAAGUAUUCCUGAAGCAGAAACAAAGAACUAUGUGAACAUCAAACAAGCCUGAAGCAACUGAGGCCUCCUAGGAAAACCGGGUAAAGAUGCGAGAGGAGAGUUUUUCUUAGCAACUGGAAUGGGAUGAAUGAUUAAUUUUGUUCUAAACAAAACAGGAUUAAACAGGAUUUUCACUGGCUAGUAGGUCAAAUGACUCAGUUUACCAGGGCUUAGGUAGGCCCUGGACCUGACCUGCUUUUUGGUACCCAAGGAGUGCUGUCGAGACCUAUUGGUGCUUCUUGGCUGUAGCUCUUUUGUGUUAUUUAUAUUUCAGUAACUAUUAAGUCAACAUUUUACUUUCACUGUUUAGAGUCAUAAGCAACCUAGCAUCUAUGCUUCCUUUAUUAAAACAGAAGUAUUUGAGUAAUA